AUGUUUCCCUUGAUAUUGACCCCCGAUCCUCCUUCCGCGCCCACCACAGGUGAGUCGGCUGCCUCCGACCAUCCCACCUCACCAGAGCCAUCGCUCUGUGUUCGCCCCGUCUCCUUCGAGGACUUGGCCGUUCGCUAUCGCCAGAACCUCCACAAACAGGCCCGGAGGAGGAGGUUGGAACACCGUCUGCAUGCCACCAAAGUCUCCCUCGGAAUCUCCGCGCGCCUGGUGCGCGUCGGCGCCGCCGUCCAGCGCGGCCUGGUCGAGCGCCUCAAAUAUGACGACAAAGUCAACUUCAUCGCCCUGUACCAUACCUUGUUAGACCUCCAGGAAUCUGGCGACUCCAUCCGCCAGCUGCACUCUCACCGUCAUGCUUCCUCCGAAGACUGGUCCUCCGUGGAUGCCACCUCUGACCGCGCCCCGGACUUCUUCCUCCAGUUGAGCCCCCAGUCCAGGACCGAUCUCGUCCACAUCCUCCGUUUGGUGCGAUCCGACGCCCACUUCCUGUAUGAGCGACUCUGCUGCUUGACCCCCACCCAGCUGAACGCCCUCGUCGCCGCCUCCACCCCCGCCUGGGAGGCGGCCGAGUUCACCUUUCCCUCGGGCCCUCGAUCCCGGACCCAUACCUCGUUCGCCAAGCGUAGUCCCUCCAAUGCGCUCCCGUUCAAGGACCACAUCCUGGCCUUUGAGAGGACCGAUCCGCUAUCCACGCUGUUGUUUAAUGUUUAUGCGUCCCCCUUGCCUGCGGACUCCCCCGAAGCCCGUCUGCGCUUGGAUGUCUGGUCGUCUGUCUGUGCAAAGCUCAUCGCCGAUGGCGGCUCUAGGUACUUUCCGCUCAUCACCCACAUUCUCGCCGCCUGGACCACCGGCAGCGAGUGGAAGGCCCGCCCCAAAUUUGAACUGUAUCUCAUGGACAUCCUCCAAACCGGCGCCUUUCUUUUGGAACAUGUAGACACCCCGCCGGGCCUCGCCUUUGACGCGGAACCUCCAGACCCUUUACGGACGGAUGUUGCCGAGGAGUUCUUCGCGUCCGCCGUGGAUGCUUUGUUUGAAUUGCUGGACGAUCCAGACGGAGGCUUUCCCCACGCCGUCAUGGAAUUGAGCUGCGCGAUCAUGGCAAAAUUGGACCGACCCGACUGUCGCGAUCGUUUUCUCGAGAUACUCUACGUCCAGUGGUUCUUCUCCAAAUUCCUUUGCGGCGCACUAACCUAUCCGGAGGCCCAUGGCCUUCUGCUGGACUUUCACAUCAGAAAGGAUGCGCGAGAGAAACUGCUCGGACAAGUUGGAAUCCAGGCCUACUCGCAAGUCUUUGCCGUACUACGAUCCAUGCACCAUUUCUCCAUGGCUCGUCCUACGGUUCGGCAACAUGUCGAGAAUAUGCUCCGUCGCCUGAGGGAGACGGCGCCAAAACAGACCAGCCCACAGCCACCGUCCACAAAGGUGACCAGCCAAGAGUCACCGGCAGCAUUCUUGAUGCUAUCCUCUGCUGACAUUCUCACCUUGCUAAAUGCGCUUUUCCCCCGGCGAAGUGCUCCUGCGUGCCAAUCGCCAACUUCCCCAUCCCUUCGCCUCAAUCCGCUGCAGCCUCUGCCCGAGCAAAGCACGGCCCAUCCAGUGUGUCCUGGGUUUUUAUCCUUGACAGACACACCCUCUCCGCAGGCGUCCCAGCCCAGGAACAUCUUCCCCGUGGACAUGGAUUUCCUGUCGCUCCCGGAGAACAGCCUCGUUCGGAACGCGGACCGAGUGCGGUUUGAGCUGUCGGAUGACCCGGACGUCCGAACUCACCUGGAGACCCCUUCCGCCGAAGGAUGGACCAUCUUCUCUGUGUCUGGGACGACGAACGGUCUGUCAUGGGGCCUGUUCUCGGAUAGCCAGUACUCCGGUCUGGACAGUUCCUCGGUGCACGAAGCCCAGUCCACCGCCCUAGGGAUGGAGGACAACUUCGAAGCCCUCCAGACGGCUAUCGUGAAACUGAUCCAGGACAAUCCCGCGGGUGACCAUGUUGACACUAGCCAGCCCGCUCAUCUCUUGCAGACAGACAGUGCAUCCCUGAAGGACCGAUUCAACCGCGCGAUGGCCCAUUGUCAUAACAACUCCGAUUUCAUCGGAGCCCAUUACUGGUGGAAUGCCCGUCGACAGCUCCUUCACAGUGUGGCCAGCUCUCCGUCCCGUUUGGCAAAUGACUCGUGGAUCCUCGAACCCAUGCAUACAGCCAGCGCUCGGUCCCUCCAGGCCUCACGUGCCGUGAUCGAGCGCUGCGAAAGUGACUUUGUUGUGCUCGACCGCCACAUGCACCGACUCCAACGCACGGUGAACGAGAUGAUGGCCACGGCCGCGCGGCUUCGCGAUAAGAUGUGGUACAUGACCGAUGUGAAGAACUCGAUGAGGUACGAGGAUGCCAAAAAUGUGGCCCUGGCGCUGAAGACCAUGAGAUACUCUGCUCGUCUCCACAGGCAGAUAUCGAAUGACGGGCGAUCGCGCAGCGGCAACCGGACCUUCGGCGGCUCUCUCCUCCAUAAGCCCGAACUCCAGGUGAUGAACGUGAUGAAGGCGCCCAGCAGCCAGGGGGGUCCUAAUAAGCUCUCCGACGAGCAGGUGGAUCUGAUCCGGAAAUGGCUGACCCAUAACAACAUUGACAACUUCUGCAAGGGCGAGGAGCGCAUCCAUAGAUUCUGCUACGAGGUCCAAGCCAGCAUCAACCGGCUCGUCGGCGAGACCAUGGCCGAAACUCCGGUCCUCUGGGCCAGCGAGUUGUUUCACAAAGAACGGGCCAAGUACGAGGGCACAAGCACCCGGGGCUUCCUCGGACUCUCUGCUCUCCGGCCCCUCAAUCUGAGCAGUGACGAUGCCAGCCACUUCUCCCAUUCAUCCGGCAGCCUGCGUCCGUCCGACGCGACGCCGAAAUCCUUCUUCUCGGACCGAUGGCGGGUCCAGCGAGAGCCCUCCAUCGCGGAUACAUCUUCGAUCGGAGGCUCGCCCGGCAAAGCCGCUUCCAUCUCUACUGGUGAUACUUACAGCACCUUUUGGUCGACCCCCAACCAUGCUGCACAUUAUGCGCCCAGCGCGUCGAGCAUAUUUUCCCGCCCACCAUCAUUGCUGAACGAUGCCACGGGCCCGCAGCAUGACACCCACGGAAAAGCCGCGUUUCUCGACGAACUACGACAAACGCUGACCAGUCUGCUGCUGAGCGAUCUCGGGUCCCCGGUGUGGAGCUGUGGAAGUGAGACGGAUGCAUGGUUUGGCAAUGCCUUGGAUCAAAAACGCAUCCAAGUGCAGAUGAAGAAACGCGCCCACGUCCAGCAAUUCUACGCCGAGUACAACGACCGGCUGGUCCGCCAAACAAUCCAUCGGACCCCGAGCAGUCGACGGAGCAAAUCGCUCGACCGCGCCCACCUCGAGGACCCGACAACAGAGCGCAGGCCGCCGUCCUCCACCCACCAGGCUGUUCUCGAGUCUGACGAUCAGCCUCCAUUUUCCUAUACAACGGUCUUCCGGCAGUUGAUUGAGGUAUUCUCCCGACAUGGGAACCCUUUCAUCAAGCUUAAGGCGUUACGCGAUCUCCGGUCAUUGGUCGUCGCAUCGCUCUCCACCAGCGACGAUCAUGUGUUCUCUCCGCCAGGGCGAUCGUCGGACGUCCCGUCCCCGCGGACCGCGCGACGCAGUUUCUCGGAACCUCGAUCCUUCCAACAUGAAAAAGGCGGUCACACUCCGACCUCGCCCGCUGGCGAAUCCGCCAUCUUCGAGUCGCGGCCGUCCGACUACUCCGCUCCCACGGAGAAACAGAUCGUGGAUGCGCUACGUAAGCUGCUGCUGGAAGUGAAACCCAAAACGCUCUUCCGCGAUCUGCAAUUCAUUUCGGCGUUCGUUCCCGGCACUACGCUGAACAACACGGACAGUGGGACAGCCUUUUUGCAGUUUGGGCUGGCGGCGCUGAGCCUGAAGGACGAGAUCUGCAACAGCAUGGUGGAGAUCGCCGACAAUAUUGUGUCCCAAGAGCUCAGCCGGCGGCACCCUCCCCAUGGAUAUGACAUGAACCCCCGCCCGGGACAUGGCAUCGAGGAUGCGGCGGGCAUGUGGAUCAUCACGGCCAAGGAAGGCAAUCCAGUCGCGCAGCGGGAGCUGGCCAUUCUGUACCUCACACACCCGGAACUCCUGCCGCGCGUGACCCUGCCCCUGACGCUACUGCGGGAUACAUUCAAGGCGGAGAUGAUGUACCGCCGGGACAAGGACUCCAAGUCGGACCCGCAGAGCAUGUGUCUGGCGCUGCACUGGAUGCAGCUGUCAGCGAAGGGCGGGGACGAACUCGCGCGGAACCGGCUUCGCGAGCGAGAAGAGUUUGAGUCGAUUUCGUAG